GUUGAACUCGGUGAUCUUCUAAAUUCGGUGAAUUCGGAUUUGCAGAAUUGGGCUCUCGGUUUCACCAACGAUGAAGAGUUGGAUGAGGCAUAUUUUGGUGAGACAUCGCCAUCGGGUGACAAUUGUAAUGGUAUGUGA